AGGCAAGUUCCGAACAAUAUUGACGAGGUGUAAAGCUAUAGGCCCUGGCGUAAGUCCAAUGAGGAACUUCUGAUUUACUCCCACCUCGAGAGUCGACUGUGCCGAACGCCCAACGAACCAGAUGACAUCUCCAAGUUUUGCAUUUGUCCCCCGAAAUAUUUCCAAGGGUGGGAAACAGCAAGGCACUUCCGCUCAUGUACCCUCGUCAGAGUCGUCACAUAGUUUGAAACCGACACUCGCCAUCGAAAGAAAAUCAGCGUACCCAGGACCGUCCGGAAGCGACAAAGGAAAACAGAAAGUUUCUGAACCGCCAGUGAAACCAGUCUACAAUGAGAAGGAUAUAUCCAUCCUUAUCGUUCUCGCAUUUUCGGACUAUGCUCUUUGGCUUGACUCGGAUCUGAGGAGGAAAACCGAAGAGUCUUUUCAGGGCGAGGAGCAAGAUGCUGGAUUUUUACCUCUCAGCUACCUGAUGCGUCGCGCUUUUGGUAGAGAGAGCUUGGGUCAAGAUUAUAUGCCGACUGAAGCAAACGCAGUAAAGGCGAUUCGGACCUACGUUGGCGACGUGCUGGAGGUUAGAAUGCUUGUGUCCGCUCCGUCUGCAUCUGCGUGGUACCCUUCCUGGAAAUCAGAGAGGAGUUCAGUUGGUGGUUAUGAAGUACGCAGGAAGGAUUGGACAACAUUAUUGGAUAACGCGACUCGUGAAUUCACUCGGGGUCAGUGGGAUGACCGUACUAUUUACAUGGAAAACAUCCCCGCACAAUAUCACACAAUACCUGGUAUCAUCCGAUUUGCGCAAGGCUUACUGUCUCAUUCAAAUUGUCUGGUUCCAAUCCAAAAUGUCACACUUCCUCCGCACCACUUGGAUAAAGCUGAGGACCGUCCAAAAUGUAAAGGCUUCGCUCUCGUUACACUAAGUAAUGCAGAGUUGUGUCAGAUGUUUCUUGAAUCGUGGCCUUGGACGCGGUUAUUCGAACCCGAAUCAGACGACUUUGAUCUCGCUGAAGGUAACUUGGAGACAAAGGAAGCCUCCAAGUUUGGGUUUCGCACUUUACCAAAAGCGCGCUGGGAUCAAUUGAACGAGGAGUAUCUUGCUUACCGCCAGAAAUUGAUUAGCGAGCUAGCGGAUGCCAACGAACCAGAUAUCUCACCCGACUCUGAUGUACGAGACGUCGUUGACGACAUUUUGGAGGACACCCCUGCUCCGCCUAGGAACAUGACAACUAUGUAUUCACCGUACCCCUUCGGCUGUCUCGUCUUUGCCCGAAAUUUGCAUCUCGAAACAAAUAAGACUACUCUUCGAGCGCUAUUUGCUACCGCAUUCGAGUCGUCUCUUGUAGAUCCCGUCGGUAUCGACUACGUCGAUUUCAACAAAGGAAUGGACUCCUGCUAUCUUCGGCUUGCCUCGCCUGAGCACGGACGUGUUUUAGUCGACCGCUUCUCUAGUCACCCCGUCGUGCAGUCCCACGGUCUUGAUGACAUAGGCAAGACUCCUGAAGUAUCCCAGAAGGCCAUCGCGACGGAGAUCAUCGAAGGCAAAAAGGAGGAAGUCUAUUGGGAGAAAGUUCCAGAGAAAGUCAGACAACAGGCUGUAGAGAAAGCAGUGAAGGCUCUCAAUGGCAAACAGUCAUCGGCUUCCGUACACACUGCGCAUGAUCACUCCGAAGAAAGCAGGCCGCGGAAAAAGAGAAAUCGCGGCUAAUUACAGAAUAUGCGAUUCUUCGACAUCACCAGCCCAGGCUGUGUCUACGAUGGCCUCGCCCUCAGUGCAACACGUUAUUGCACCGUGGAAGUAGAAAAUUACGUGACGGUUUGCUAUUAUUACAUGUGAAGAUACGCCUACA